AUGCAUUUCGUGAAGUUAUUAAGCAAAGCAAAUUUCAGUUACGGAUGUGUUUCCUUUGGCCUUAUUGCAACAGGACUAGUGUUUACUGUGUUCGCGAUCUUCCAGAAGGAUUCUCAAAUAGGAAAGGUGUGGCUUGCUGGCCCAACGACGAUGGUGGUGGGACUCGUCCUGUGUGGUAAAGUAAUAAUAGAUUGGGGUCCAGCGAUGCUACACGCUAGGGAAGGUUCUAUUGACUCCAGGUUGAUGGAACAUUACGUACGUCUCCACUUCACAGUUUUAAAAUGUCAUCAUGUUUUAAGGGACACCAUUUCCAUUUCAGGCUACGUUCCACAUGCCAAAAAUAGUGGAUCCACUGCUGGUCAAGAAAAACUGUUUUAA